UGGCCCGACUCAUCAACUCGAACAAAACCCACCCGAAUAUACAUUUCUUCCGCAAAUAAACCCUAGUAGCAGCAUCCUCCUCCUCUGAGAGGGGACACAAAGAAACAGAGAGAAAUGGUGUCGGGGUCAGGGAUCUGUGCGAAGAGAGUUGUGGUGGAUGCAAGGCACCACAUGCUGGGGCGUCUGGCCUCAAUAAUCGCAAAGGAGCUACUCAAUGGCCAGAAAGUGGUCGUAGUGCGAUGCGAGGAAAUCUGCCUAUCAGGUGGACUAGUCCGCCAGAAGAUGAAGUACUUGAGGUUUCUCCGUAAGCGCAUGAAUACCAAGCCUUCCCAUGGUCCCAUCCACUUCCGGGCACCCUCCAAAAUCCUCUGGCGUACCAUCCGUGGGAUGAUCCCCCACAAGACUAAGCGAGGAGCAGCUGCACUUGCUCGAUUGAAGGUUUAUGAGGGUGUCCCCCCACCAUAUGACAAGACGAAGAGGAUGGUCAUUCCAGAUGCUCUCAAGGUUCUGAGGCUCCAAGCUGGACACAAGUACUGUUUGUUGGGUAGGCUCUCAUCGGAAGUUGGAUGGAACCAUUAUGAUACUAUAAGGGAGCUUGAAAAGAAGAGGAAAGAGAGAGCUCAGGCAACAUACGAGAGGAAUAAGCAGUUGACCAAACUACGUAUUAAAGCCGAGAAAGUUGCUGAGGAGAAGCUUGGAAGUCAACUUGACAUUAUUGCUUCAAUCAAGUAUUGAAUAAUUUUGAUUUGAGGGCAAUUUGUCAUCUUAUUAGUUUUAGGUAUCUGCUUUUGAGAGGUUUAUCUUACCUGUUGCAAUAUUUGAGCAGAGGUUUUUGUUAAGCAUAUAUGACCUCUGUGUUCUUGGACCAAUGAUUUUAAAUGUUACUUUAUUAAUAUUCUACUUAAAAUAUAAAAAUAAAUCUAUCUUCAAUGACAUU